CUGAGAAGGGCACAGCGGUGCGGCCGAGGGCAGAGUGAGCCGAGCUGACUCGAGCCAGGCGAGCGGACCAGCGCCGGGCAGCCCGAGCCGCGCUCAGGGAGCGCCAGCCGACGCUGCCCACACCCUCCGCGGUCCUGCGGCGUCUGCCACCUUCCCUUCCUUCUUCGAGCCCCUGUCCCUGCUCCGCCACCCGGUCAGCUUACCGGGUUCCCUGCCCCGCGAAGCCCUCGAGGUCACUAGCCAGUGCCUCCUUUCCCUUGGGCCGCGCACCGUCUCCACACCCUCCUCCUUCUCCUCCUUCUUCUCCCCCAGCCAGGAGCCUGGCACCGGGGACCGUUGCCUGACGCGAGGCCCAGCUCUAGUUUUCGCCCCGCGUCUCCUCCUCCUGCUCUCCUCCUCCUGCUCUCCUCCUCCUCUUCCCCUUCACCAACUCUAACUCCUUUGCUCUUUUGCUCCACUUGGGAGCCACCGACUCCGCGCCCCCCGGCCCGCUCCCUCAGCGCCCUUUCCCGUCCCGUCGCAUCCAGUUCCAAAGGUGGGGGAGCGUGCCUGUCCCUGCCCGCAUCAUGGCACGGCUCGGCUUGCCCGCACUUCUUUGCACCCUGGCGGUGCUUAGCGCCGCACUGCUGGCUGCUGAGCUCAAGUCGAAAAGUUGCUCGGAAGUGCGACGUCUCUAUGUGUCCAAAGGCUUCAACAAGAAUGAUGCCCCGCUCCACGAGAUAAACGGUGAUCAUUUGAAGAUCUGUCCCCAGGGUUAUACCUGCUGCUCUCAAGAGAUGGAGGAGAAGUACAGCCUGCAAAGUAAAGAUGAUUUCAAAAGUGUGGUCAGCGAACAGUGCAAUCAUUUGCAAGCCGUCUUUGCUUCCCGUUACAAGAAGUUUGAUGAAUUCUUCAAAGAACUACUUGAAAAUGCAGAGAAAUCCCUGAAUGAUAUGUUUGUGAAGACAUAUGGCCGCUUAUACAUGCAAAAUUCAGAAGUAUUUAAAGAGCUCUUCAAGGAGUUGAAGCACUACUAUGUGGUAGGAAAUGUGAACCUGGAAGAAAUGCUUAAUGACUUCUGGGCUCGCCUCCUUGAACGGAUGUUCCGCCUGGUGAAUUCCCAGUAUCACUUCACAGAUGAGUAUCUGGAAUGUGUGAGCAAGUAUACUGAGCAGCUCAAGCCCUUUGGAGAUGUCCCUCGGAAAUUGAAGCUACAAGUUACUCGUGCAUUUGUGGCAGCCCGUACUUUUGCUCAAGGCUUAGCAGUUGCAAGAGAUGUAGUGGGCAAAGUCUCUGUGGUAAACCCCACAGCCCAGUGUACCCACGCCCUGUUGAAGAUGAUCUACUGCUCCCAUUGCCAGGGUCUCGUGACUGUGAAGCCAUGUUACAACUACUGCUCAAACAUCAUGAGAGGCUGUUUGGCUAACCAAGGGGAUCUUGAUAUCGAGUGGAACAAUUUCAUAGAUGCCAUGCUAAUGGUUGCAGAGAGGCUGGAGGGUCCUUUCAACAUUGAGUCGGUCAUGGAUCCCAUUGAUGUGAAGAUUUCUGAUGCUAUAAUGAACAUGCAGGAGAAUAGUGUGCAGGUGUCUCAGAAGGUUUUCCAGGGAUGUGGACCUCCCAAGCCACUCCCAGCUGGACGAAUUUCUCGUUCCAUCUCUGAAAGUGCCUUCAGUGCUCGCUUCAGACCAUAUCAUCCUGAAGAACGCCCAACCACAGCAGCUGGCACUAGUUUGGACCGACUGGUUACUGAUGUCAAGGAGAAACUGAAGCAGGCCAAGAAGUUCUGGUCCUCCCUCCCUAGCAAUGUUUGCAACGAUGAGAGGAUGGCUGCAGGAAACGGAAAUGAAGAUGACUGCUGGAAUGGGAAAGGCAAAAGCAGGUACCUGUUUGCAGUGACAGGAAAUGGAUUAGCCAACCAGGGCAAUAACCCUGAGGUCCAGGUUAACACCAGCAAACAAGACACCCUGAUUCUUCGUCAAAUUAUGGCUCUUCGGGUUAUGACUAGUAAAAUGAAGAAUGCUUACAAUGGGAAUGAUGUGGACUUCUUUGAUAUCAGUGAUGAAAACAGUGGAGAAGGAAGCGGAAGUGGAUGUGAAUAUCAGCAGUGCCCUUCGGAGUUUGAGUACAAUGCCACUGACCAUGCUGGGAAGAGUGGCAGUGAUAAAGCCGACAGUGCUGGUGCCCGUGCAGGGCCACAGCCCUACCUCCUCAUCAUCUUCUGUGUCUUGUUCCUGUUUAUGCAGAGAGAGUGGAGAUAAUUCUCCAACUCUCAAAAAAAAAAAAAAAGUGUUCCUCAUCAGAAAGUUAAAAGGCACCAAUUAUCACUUUUGUACCAUCCUAGUGACUUUGCUUUAUAAAUGAAUGGACAACAAUGUACAGUUUUUACUAUGUGGCCACUGGUUUAAAAAAUGCUGACUUUGUUUUCUCAUUCAGUUUUGGGGGCAGAAGGGACUUGUACUUAACGUUAAGCUGGUCCCUGCUCCUCCAAAAUCAUGUUAAAUGUGGCUAACAGUGUAGGUACAGAACUGUAGUUAGUUGUGCAUUUCUGAUUUAUCGCUCUAUUGUUUGUUUGUUUGGUUUUUUUCCUCAUUUUGUUUGUGGGUUUUUUUUUUUCCAAUUACAAUCUCACCUUGUUUCUUACAAGAAAACCAGGGUCAUUUCUUGGCAUGUAACAUGUACGUAUUUCUGAAAUAUUAAAUAGCUGUACAGAAGCAGGUUUUAUUUAUCAUGUUAUCUUAUUAAAAGGAAAAGCCCAACAAGCAGUAAAAUUUCCAUUUAUCCCUGUUAUUUUAGCUGCCUUAUCUGGAGAGAAGCAGAGGUGAUUUGGGGAUUUUUGUUAUUAUUAAGUUAGGACAGAAUGUGAAGGCACAAGUGGGUGUCUGGGCCACUUGUCAGAUUGUAUUCAAGCAUCUGUACAAGAAGAAGGUUAUACUUCAUUUAUAGCUGGUGAUUGGAAGAGACUGCAGACUAUCCAUUUUGGUUGAGUUGAUUUGCCUAAGACCACAUGUCACUCUGUUUCAUGAAUCUGAUGCAUAGAGUGUAGCCUAUCUAAAAAAUUCUUGCUGUAGUCUCCCUUGAAAGAUAAAAGGCAUUCAUGGAGUCACAGUUAUCACAUGUUCACACUUGGGUUUGUGGGGGAGUCUAUUUUUCUUUCAAUCAGGCAAGUUAGUAAACCACCCUGUACAAGUUUUCAUGUCCACACUGACCUUCUUUAAUUUUUUAUCCCAGGGGCAGCAGUAAGUGACCCACAUUCUCAUUUGGUGCCCCCUUGUCAGAAUGAUCCAAGUUUCAAACCCAGCUAUAUAAGGAAGUUUUCUGGGAGCUAGCUAGAAUUGGGGUACAGCCUGGGCUCAGGGAAUACCUGUCAACACUCGAGCAAAGAUUUUUGUCUGUGCAUGUGUAUUUGCAUUUAUUUUUGGAUUCCAUUUUUUAAGUAAUUGUGUCUGAUUUGAGCCUUUUUUCUUGCCCAGCCCCCUCUGAUCAGUAAAGCAAGGACUUGUGGUUUGCAGCUAUUUGCUCACCAUACUAGCCAAGGAGCCCCCUCAAGGGGGGUGUCCAGAUUUUUUUCAUGUUUUUUUGGGGAGGUGGGGAGGGAUGGGAGUAGGUAGAGCUAAGAAGACCAUAACUUAGGUGUGACUCUUAGCCAUGUGGGUGAACUGGCAAAGGCCAUAUCUGUCGUCCCAGGCCAAAGACUGACAACUGCCUUGCCCCCUUAGGACCCCUUUCCUUGUGUUUUUACCAAAUGACAGCUCAUAAAACUAUGAGAAUGUAACAAAUCACUUUAAAAGGGGUGCCCUUUCAGAAAGACUGAAAUUCUGCAAGUCUCUUCCUGCUCUACACAGCCAUUAAGAUCCCAGGUGAUUCUACAGAACCGAAAACCCACAGAGAAGUCGUUUGUGUUAUUGUUCAAUCUUCAGUUGUAAGAGUAAUUCUCUAUUUUUAUAUUGAAACAUAAUUACUUGAUAGCUCAGGGUCUACAUUUCAUUCAACUUUUUACACCAAAUUCUGCAGAAUGGUCAAUAAAAUAUUGGGGGCUGUUGUAAACAGAGGCUUAAUUUUAUUAGAAGUAGCCAGUUAUUUAUUAAAGCAUGAUGUUAAUAAAAUAGGCAUAUUCUGGCUGGUGUGUAUAAGUGUUUUUUUUUUUAACAAAUCACAGAGGACAUAAAAUUGAAAAGGCACUCCAUUUAUGUAUGAGGAAAAAUAGAUUGUAAAUAGCUAAGCUGCCUUGAGAGAACUUGGAAAAUGUGCUGAUACUUAGUAACUACCUCAGUUGUGAGGAAUUUCCUUUUUAGCUUAGACUGCUAUUACUUUUACUUGGUAGAAAUGAAUAUGGUCUCCAAAAUAUGGCUCAAAGAGUUAUCCCCAUAGACCUUGUUAGAUUGUUUUUAAUUUAAAACCUUGAACUCUGUCCAGCUGUUUUCUUUCAGUCAAGUUCUCUAAACCAAUAACAUUUUCCGAAUUAAAUAUUCUUGAAGGUUCUUUUGGACUCUUACUGAUUUGUUUUCUUUCUGUGCAUUUUCCCCUGUUAUCCUUUUAUUAUUUAAAUUGUCUCUUGCUUUUGAACUUGAACUAUGAAAUAAACAAAUCAUAGAUUUUUCCAUUCA